AUGGAUUUGAUGGACGAUGUAUUUACUGCGAAAGGUGAUAUUGUUGGUUGUUUGUUGGAUUUGAAUAUUCCGGAAAUAAGUUUUACUGUUAAUGGACAGCAAACCACAGGACUAUUCAAAAAUUUCAAUAUUGAUGGAUUUUUCUUUCCCGUUAUGUCACUUUCUGCCAAAGUUAGUUGUCGCUUCAUGUUCGGCGGUACGGAAGGACGUUUGCGCUUUGGACCACCUCCCGGAUUCAGUGCUUUAAUUGAAGCAGCAGUAAAUCAACUGGAAAUUGGAGAAUGUGUUUCCUUCGGUGAUAUUGCAAAGAACGUGUAUGCCGGCCCGAGCAUUUUGCGUCAAAAUACGGAACCAUUUGUACCGAAACCGAUCGAUAUCUCUACCGUGGUACUGCCUCAUUUUGCAAUGGAAAUACAUGAAAAGUUGGCAGAAAAUUUGCAUGAAUUAUGGGCAAUGCGAAAAAUUGAACUUGGCUGGAAUUAUGGCGAGGUGAGAGAUGAAAGAACUCGUCGUCAUCCAUGCCUCACAUCAUUUCAACAAUUACCACAAAAUGAGAAAACUUAUAAUAUCAAUCUCGCUAUUGAUACGAUGAAAACAAUUGAAGCAUUGCGAUAUCAUAUGAUUCUAGAAGAAUGUCCAGUUCGGUUGAGACCUGUGCAUCUUCCUCAGAAUUAUCAACAAAGCAACGGAUUUAAACCAAAACCUUUGGAUUCUCAUGAAAUUGUUCUUGAUGAUAAUAUGUUUCCAUUAAUUGAUGCUUUGGCUAAAAAUACUCAUAAUGUUUGGGCAAGAGAAAAGAUUCGGCGGGGUUGGACUUUUGGCCUUAAUGAGUUUGUGAAUACAAGUCAAAAGCGAAGUCCACAUCUGGUACCAUAUGAGGUAGUUGAUCAACGGAUUAAAGAAGCUAACAGAGAAUCAGCUACGGAAUUUAUUAAAACCUUGCAGCUGUUCGGAAUCUUUUUGGAAGCACCUGUUUUAGAGCACGAUGAAGCUGCGGAAAAAGAAUUGAAAGCAACAAAGGGAUUCUCGCGAACUUAUCGUGCCGAAGCGCUCUAUGCAGUUUCCAGUGGCAAAUGGUAUUUUGAAUUUGAGGUGCUCACAUCGGGAUUUAUGAAAGUUGGUUGGAUGGAUGUGAGUGCACAGUCAACGGUUGACAUUGGAAUUGAUGAUCGAUCAUAUGGAUUUGAUGGAUAUUUGGCACGUAAAUGGCAUCAAGGAGCCGUUACUUAUGGAAGGGAAUGGAAAAUUGGCGAUGUAGUUGGAGUAUUUCUUGACCUCAGCGAUCAUACCAUUUCAUUUUCAUUGAAUGGCGAACUGCUAUUGGACCCUUCCGGAUCCGAAAUGGCCUUCGAUAAUGUUCUCGUCACAGAUGGCUUCGUACCAGCAAUGACAUUUAGUGCAGGCCAGAAAGCAAAAUUGAAUUUUGGCCAAGAUUCAAAUAGCUUGAAAUAUUUCACCACAUCUGGUCUGCAAGAGGGAUAUGAACCAUUUUGUGUUAAUAUGUAUCGCCAAAUGCCAAUGUGGUACGCUAAAAGGUUACCUCAGUUUGAAGAUAUCGGAUUGAAUUCAACAAUAGAAGUUUCACGAAUACCGGCAACCGCAAGCAAUCCUCCGUGUUUAAAAAUAACUCAAAAAGAGAUUGAUACGGGCGAUAUGACAGCGCAGGAAAAGACUAAAAUGGAAUAUAUUCGAUUAUCUCUACCGGUUAAAUGUAAUGACAAACUUCAGCCAAAUAAAGAUAAGGAAUCAAUAAUGCGUUCUAUACAUGAAAUUGAAAAGCAGAUAAAAGAAGAAGCACACCCCAUACCUACGAUUAUGCAUCCAUCUAUCCCCAGAGAAUUUGGUGACGAUAUUAAAGUAAACAAGAAAUCGCUUGGCCGAUCAUUACUGUCAGCUUUUAAACAUAACACCGAAGAAGACGAAAGUUCAGCACGCUCAAAGCCAAUAUCAUUUGAUGGUGAUCAUACUCUUGCAGAAACAUCUGCCAUGAGAGAAGGGAUUUCUAGUGAAAGUAAACGUACAGCAGGCAUAUUGACAGAUGGACAUAUUCCUUCUGCAGAUGCUGUUUCCGCAGAAGGAAUAUUAUCGUCCACACCAAAAGAUGAGCAAGAUAUGCCUCGAUCGGGUCCUGGACGAUCCCGACGAUUUAUGUCAUCAAGUAAAUUGAAAAAAAAUAAGAUUGAAAGAUUGCUGGAACAUCGAAGGCCAUCAAUUGCAGCUUUGGAACAAAACGUUAUUGUAGAAGGAAGUGCGCCAAGCGAUGAUGUGCGCCCAAUGAUUGAACUCAGUGAUAAGAUCGAUGAAUUUUACUAUGCAAUUCGAAUUUUCCCAGGACAAGAUCCUGCAAAUGUUUGGGUUGGUUGGGUAACACCGAAAUAUCACUUCUACGCCGAACGUUUUGCUACUGGAGAAGCUGUCCGACGUUGCAAAUUUCAAGAAAUCAAUAAAAAUGUUAAUGAAGGAGAAAGCAUAGAAUAUCGAAAUUGCUAUGUGAUGAAUGCGGCGGAGUUGCUGCAAUCAGUACCGGAUCCAGGAAAUACGAAAGUAUCAGGCUUGUUAGUGGGUUGUAUCAUCGAUACAUCUAUUGGAGAACUGUCAUUCCUAGCUUCAAAACAGGAUACCGGUUUUCGAUUUAAGUACACUUUCCCAUUAUCAUCAGCAAUGUUUAAAUCAUCACACAAAAGUUUGUUACCAUUUUGUCCACCACGACUAACAGUUGAGAAAUUAAAUCCCGUUCAUUGGGCUCGAGUACCUAAUGAAUGUCUGCGUACCACAGCUCUUAAACUUUCCGAUUUUAGAGGCUGGUCAAUCCUUUGUGAUGAUCCGGUACGCAUAAUGUCUAUUUAUGUACCGGAAAAGGAUAAAAGCUAUGAUAUUCUGGAAAUGAUUGAACAUAAUGAUUUCUUGACAUUCCAUCGACAAACUCUCAAUCUGUACUGUAAGCUAGCAGCACAUGGAAACCAGAAAGUAGCACAUAUUCUAUGCUCACAUGUUGACGAAGAUCAAAUUAUGUAUGCUGUGAAGAGUCACUAUCUUUCCGGACCGUUACGUCAAGGAUUCCAUGAUUUUCUAAUAGCCGUUCAUUUACGAACACAUGUUGAUGCACGACAAUCUACCGCUCAUGAAUAUGUCAUUCCGUUGAAGCAAAAUCAUGAAAUCAAAAAUGUCUUUCAUCCAGAGAAUGAGGAUCGUUUCCCGCAAAUUCUCGGACCAACAAUCUCCAUUCGACCGGUAAUAGCAUGUAGUGAAGUGCGUAGCGAUUUCGAGAUGGAUACGGAAUUAAAACUUCAACCGCCUAUGUUUAAUUUCGCUGCCUUGAAAACUCAUGUUAUGUUAGCAUUAAGUAGCGCAACCGAACAUGCUGUCAUCAAUUGUCGUGAUUUGAUUGGUGGAAACUGUUUAAAUCAUUUUGAACCACUUUUCAAAUUGUUCAAUUCGCUGCUUGUGAUUGGAAUGUUUGAUGACGAUGAUCUAAAAGAUGUCUUGAAGUUAAUUCAUCCUAUUGCUUUUGAUGAAAAUUAUGUGCCAGGUUUAAAACAGAAAGGUUUGACAGAAAUUGAAUUGGCAGAGGGAGUGAAAAUUCAACUUACAAUGAUCCUCGAAAACAUUUGUGACAUUCAAUUGAGACAUCGGGUUGAAUCGUUGGUUUCAUUUGCUGCUGGAUUUGUGAGUGAUUUACAGCAGGACCAAUUUUCCAGAUAUAUGUCGAUCAAGGAAACAGAUAUGACGCCGGCUGAAGCAGCCAGACGUACCAAAGAAUUUCGAUGUCCACCACGAGAACAGGCAUCGGUACCGGAUGAUAGCAUAGGCAUAAUGUUGGAUGAUGACACGGAAUAUGAUCAAUGUCCAAUGGAUGAAGCGUUGCAACAGCAACUAAAGGAAUUCUGUUCACUAUUGAUAAGUAAAGUAGGAUGUAAAAAGAAUGAUGAGACUGAUAAGCUGUCAGAAUUGGUAGUUAUGGAAGAAGCAAAUUCAUGGGUGGAUCAAUUGGCACAACUUGUCAUUCGAGUACCACCACCACUGACUGGUGACGACAUUGAUAUGAGUCAUAAUGGAACAGAGAAUUUCAGACAAAUGAUUUGCAAAAUGUUGAAGUCUUGGGCAACGUCAUCAGUGAUUGAAAGUAACGAUUUGAUCCGAAAUAUGUUCAGUCUUCUUUUACGUCAAUAUACUGGUGUUGCUGAAAUGAUGAAAGCUUUAUCUCAAACAUACGUGUUACAUGAGCGUAAUAUCGAGGAUGUACAAGAUUUCAUUGAAAAUUUGGUCCAAGUUCGAGAGCUACUCAAUGUACAGUUUGAAAGUGCUGAAGAAACGGUGCUAAAAAGAGAAUUAUGGAAACUAAUGAACAAUCGAAUUUUUUUCCAACAUCCUGAUUUGAUGCGCCUUCUAACGGUUCAUGAAAAUGUGAUGUCAAUUAUGAUGAACGUUCUCACAGCACAACAAGGAGCCGCUAAUCAUAACGAGCAUGGAGAACAUGCGGAGAGUAUCGAAGAAAUUGAAAAUGCGAAAGAAUCGAAGGAUGCAUCCGAAAUGGUUGUUGCAUGUUCACGCUUUCUCUGUUAUUUCUGUCGAACUUCACGUCACAAUCAGAAAGCAAUGUUUGAGCAUUUACCAUUUUUGUUAGAUAAUGCAACGAUGCUGCUUGCAAGGCCUAGCUUACGAGGUUCGGUGCCACUUGAUAUUGCUUAUUCGAGUUUUAUGGAGAAUAGUGAGUUGGCUUUGGCUUUGAAAGAGGAAGAACUGGAUAAGGUUACGGUAUAUCUUAGUAGAUGUGGAUUGCAGCCAAAUUCAGAAUUGAUCGCAAAAGGUUAUCCGGACAUUGGUUGGGAUCCAGUUGAAGGUGAGCGAUACAUUGAUUUCUUGCGAUUUUGCGUUUGGAUCAAUGGCGAAAGUGUGGUGGAGAAUGCGAAUUUAGUGAUAAGGUUGUUAAUUCGUCGACCGGAUUGUCUCGGUGUUGCACUGAAAGGUGAAGGAGAGGGAUUAUUCUCAGCGUUUAAGGAAGCAAUCACACUUUCAGAGGAUAUUCGAGCAUUGGAAGAGGACAAAAAUCAUGCAAUUAUCCGUAGUGCAUUGCUAAGAGAACAACCACAUUAUCCAAGCAAAGAGACCGAAGGUGAAAAUUAUAUUGACCUCGGAGCUGCAACGCUCGAUUUCUAUUCUUCCCUUGUUGAACUGCUCGCUAAAUGUGCUCCGGAUAAAAUUAACAUACAAGCGGGAAAAGGAGAUUGUAUGCGCGCUCGUGCCAUAUUGCGCUCAUUAAUUUCGUUGGAUGAUUUGGAUCAAAUUCUAGCCUUGCGUUUUACAAUACCAAAUUUGGUAACUUUAACAGAGGCAGAUGAUGCUGGUCCAUUGCCUGGUCUUCUUCCAAACCAUAAACAAUCAGUUCUUCUAUUUCUCGAUCGUGUUUAUGGUAUCGAUUCACAAGAAAUGCUUUUCCAUUUUCUUGAAAAGAGUUUCCUACCAGAUCUUCGAGCUGCUACAAUGAUGGAUUCACCAUGCUCUGUGGAAAGUGAUACAGCAUUAGCGCUAAAUCGUUAUUUAUGUAAUGCUGUACUACCUUUACUUACCACUCAUUCAUAUUACUUUGCUAAUGCUGAACAUCAUGCUGCACUUCUUGAUACUACGCUUCACACGGUGUACAGUAUGAAUCGUUUACGAUCAUUGACAAAAAAUCAACGUGAUGCGCUAUCAGACUUUUUAGUUGCUAUCACUCAUGAACUUCCACCAGCAAUGAUGGUGAAAUUGAUGCGUAAAGUUAUCAAUGAUAUUCAGGAAAUGGAUGAGAAUCUUUUGGUUCCAUUAAGGAUUGUAACGUUCCAUUAUGAACGUUGUACGAAAUAUUAUGGAUCGGGUAAUAUCUAUGGAGUAGCUUCCGAGACAGAGAAGAGAUUGUCCAUGCUACUUUUUUAUGCCAUUUUUGAUUCGCUUGGCAGUAGACAGUAUGAUCCGGAAUUAUUCGGGAAAGCUCUUCCAUGUCUGACAGCUAUUGGUUCAGCAAUAUCACCGGAUUAUACACUGACGACAACCGAUGAUGAUACGGAUAAAAUUCAAAAAACAAAAGAUCGCGGAGUCUGGAAUCCGAAUCCGGUUGAUGUCAGUGAAAUUCUUCUUGAUGAUGACCUGAAAUCAGUAAUUGCCAAAUUUGCGGAACAUUUUCAUGAUUCGUGGGCAAGCAGAAAGAUUGAAAAAGGAUGGAGUUAUGGUGAGCUCUAUUCACGUCAGGAUCUCACACAUCCAAGAUUGAAACCUUUCGCACUUUUACCUGAUUUUGAGAAGAAUUUCUAUAAAGAACGUUGCGCGGAAUGUUUGCGUGCCCUUUUGGUGUGGAAUUACUCAAUCGAGCUAACAGAUCAUGACGCAGCCGAUAAAGCUAUCCAAAAUAAUACCUCAACUGGUACUUCGAUUGAAAAUUUUAAUCCCAAACCAGUGGAUUUAUCAAAUAUGACAUUGGAGAAAGAUAUGACAGGUGUUGCAGAAAAGAUGGCGGAAGAGUCGCAUAAGAUAUGGGCCAAAAAGGUAUUCUCUGAUUUAAGUAAAGGAGGCACAAUGCCACCACAACUUGUGCCAUGGGAUUUGUUGACCGAUUUCGAACGUCGAAAAGAUCGAUUUCGAGCUGCAGAAAUUCUGAAAUUUCUUCAAUAUUAUGGAUAUCGCGUUUGGAGUUCUACUAAAGAUGAGCCAUCUGCGGAACGUGUCAAAAUUGAUAGUGAACGUAGUUCGGUGGAAAAACGUUUUGCAUAUAAUUUACUAAAGAAGCUAAUCCAAUAUCUUGAGCAAUCAUCAUUAAAAAUGAAGACAAUCAAGCCUAGUCAAGAAUUGACCCGUCAGAAUAGCUUUAAGAAAGAAGGUCAAGAUGUGAAAUUUUUUGAAAAGGUAGUAUUACCUUUGAUGCAUGCAUAUUUCAAUGCACAUAAAAAUUAUUUCUUGGCCAGUAGCAGUAUCGUACAAACCGGAAUGGCUUCCGAUAAGGAAAAGGAAAUGGUUGCUAGCUUAUUCUGUCGGUUAGCUUCGUUACUUCGUUUCAAAAAUCAUGCUUUCGGGAGUGUUGCAAAGAUAACUGUACGAUGUUUGCAAGGCCUUACCCAAGCACUCGAUUUAAGAACAUUAGUGAAAAUAAAUUCGGACAUUGUGCGUACCGGUUUGUUGACAUUUUUCAAUAAUUGUGCGGAUGAUCUAUUUUCUGCCAUGGAAGAGGUUCAAAAAGGUGGACAAUACUCAUUGCUACGUGGCCAAAACUUAAAAUCAUGGGUGUCAUUGGAAUUUGCUAAUCAAAUGAUUAUUCCUGUACUGACAACAAUGUUUGUACAUUUGGCUGUAAAUCAUUUUGGCAGCGAUUUGUUAUUGGAUGAAAUUCAAGCAGCAUGUUAUAAAAUUUUGGAUAGCGUAUAUCUCAUGCAUAGUUUAGCGGCAACAACUUCACAAAGGAAAUCAAUUGCUUAUGAAAUGGAUAAACAUCGUCCAGCACUUGGUCAAUGCCUUGCAGCAUUCGCCGGUUGCUUUCCUGUAGCUUUUUUGGAGGAUAAAUUUAAUAAAAAUAAUAAAUAUUCAUUACUGGCUAAAUCGCAAGAUCAAUCAGUACAAGUGCAAGAAAUGUUACAAAAUCUUUUGGCACAUAUUCCACAAAUGGAUAAAUUAUUAACGGAUGUGGAACAAGUAGGACAAUCAGGUACAAUGUAUUGUGACCAACCAGCUAUUUAUGAUGUCGAUUUACCGCUUAUUUGCUCCUAUUUAACUUAUUGGUGGCAACUUGGCCCCGAUAGCACUAAUCGAUCUAUUGUUCCGAUUACGGAUGUUAGCAAUGAACAUAUUAAUCGAAUCUUUCGUGCGCUUCUUCAAAUGAUUCAUAAUCAUAUUGGUGUUGAAAAUGCUUCGUGGCUUUGUCGAAUUAAUUUUUUCUCCGUUCAAAUUAUACCGUACGUAAGUUAUGAUGUGGUAAAAGAUUAUAUGCUUCCAGUUGCUGAACGUUUACGACGUUUAGCGGAAAAAGCAUAUAGAGAAGAGGAACAUAUACGUACCCAUCCUGAUAAUGCUGAUGAAGGAACCGUUGCUGAGGACAAUGCUCAUCUUGUACGUGACGUGUACGCUUAUUUUCCAAUUUUGAUGAAAUAUACAGAUUUACAUCGAGCUCAAUGGCUGAAAUCACCAUCUUGGGAAACAGAUGGCAUUUAUGAGAAUGUUGCUGUCAUUUUUAAGGCAUGUCAAAAAUUUCUUAUUUGGUCUCUCUCACAGCACUUCAAACGUGAAGAACUAAAUUUCAUGGCUCAGUAUGAGGAUGAAUCAGUAAUUGGCGGUACCGGUGAAAUGAAAACUGGUAAAGCUGCAAUUGCGGAACGCAAAAAGAAACGACGUGAAGGACAGAUGCGCAAGGAUAAGCGUGCAGGCUCAAUUGUGAUAGCUUGUCUGAAACGAUUAUUGCCAGUUGGUUUAAAUGUAUUCGGUGGUCGUGAAUUAGAUAUUGUACAACAGGCAAAAGAAAAAUUCUUAGCUAAAGAACCGGAAGAUAAAAUACGUGAACUCGUUCGUUCUCUUCUUGAGAUACCAGCUAAGACGGAUCCAACAGAUAAGAAUGCUUGGCAGCUAAAUCUUUAUCGUAAAAUUGAGAAAUCCCAAAUGCGAAAUAAAGAUACAAUGACACUUGAUGGUGUGGUGGAGAAAAUAACAAGUAUGGGUCAAGUGGUUGCUAUUCUACAUGUUACGGAACAUCCACAAAGCUCAAUGGUUAAUGCUUGGAAGACGAUGAUAUCAAGCCAACGAAAGCGAGCUGUCGUUGCUUGUUUCCGAAUGAUUCCACUCUAUGGAAUACCGAGACAUCGUGCAAUCAAUUUCUUCUUGCCAGCAUUUAACAAACUUUGGCUGGAAGAUGAAGAUGUUGGGCAAGAUGCGCUAAUUAAAGAGCUUACAUUGGAAGAUGUAAGAGAUGAACAAACACACGGUAAAGCUGGCGAUGAAGAAGUGUUAAGUGAUGAGAAAGAUGAAAAGUCUCAAUCUUCGCCCGAUCCAUUGCGACAGCUAAUUCAGUGCUUUCAACGUGCGGCAACAAGUGAGCAAAGUCAAACGGUUUCAAUUUCCAAUGAUUCGUUGUUUGUGAAUUUUGCUCAAGUGAUGUCAAAAUCGGUACAUAUCGAAGACGAAGAUGAAGGUGACGAUGAGGGAGAGCUCGACCAAGCGCAAAAAGAAGAAAUAUCGCAAGCACUUCGCGCAGAGCAGGCAGUUCUGGCAAAUCGCGGGGCAGCAAUAAUGUGUCUGAUGUACUUAUCUGCUAGUAAUGGCGAACCGAGCGAUAUGGUAGCGGAAGCUUUACAACUUGGCAUUCAUCUUCUCAAUGGCGGAAAUAGCAGAAUCCAACAGAUGCUGAUCGAUUAUUUGCAAUUAAAAAAGGAUGUUCGCUUCUUUACCUCAUUAGCUGGUUUGAUGAAUAAAUGCAGUGUGCUGAAUCUUGAAAUGUUCGAACGACAAAUUAAGGCUGAGGGUCUUGGUAUGGGUGCUGAAUUGGGCGCUGCUGCUGAUCAGAAUUUAAAUGAUUCUGAAUUUACAUGUAGCCUUUUUCGAUUCUUACAGUUAACUUGCGAAGGACAUAACUUAGAAUUUCAAAAUUAUCUUCGAGCUCAACCUGGUCAUACGACAAGUGUAAAUUUGAUCAAUUGCACUGUCGAUUAUUUGCUAAGAUUGCAAGAAUCAGUAAUGGACUUCUAUUGGCAUUAUUCAAGUAAAGAUGUAAUUGAUGAGGGUGGUAAAGAUUAUUUCCUACGAGCUAUUCGUAUAUGCAGUCAAGUAUUUAAUACACUUACUGAAAGUAUACAGGGUCCAUGCACCGGGAAUCAGAUGACACUUGCGAAUUCACGUUUAUGGGAUGCCAUCAAUGGAUUUUUCUUUCUUUUCGCACAUAUGAUGGAGAAAUUGUAUAAAAAUAGCACACAAUUGGAACUAUUAAGAGAAUUCUUAAAUUUACAAAAGGAUAUGAUUGUACUGAUGUUAUCAAUGCUUGAGGGAAAUGUGCUUAAUGGAUCAAUUGGUAAACAGAUGGUUGAUGCAUUAGUUGAAAGUGAGCAAAAUGUAGAAAUGAUAUUGAAAUUUUCGGAUAUGUUCUUGAAAUUAAAAGAUUUGACAACUUCACAAGCGUUCCAAGACUUCGAUACCAAUCGUGACGGUUGGAUUUCACCUAAAGAAUUUCAACGUGCUAUGGAAAGUCAAAAAAUGUAUUCUGUUGAAGAAAUAACAUAUUUGAUGAUGUGCACGGAUGUGAAUAAUGAUGGUAAAGUGGAUUAUAUGGAAUUUACAGAACGUUUCCACAAUCCGGCUCGAGAUAUCGGUUUCAACAUAGCUGUAUUGCUUACAAAUCUCAAAGAGCACAUUACAAGUGAUCCACGAUUGGAGAAAAUAAUCAAGCAAGCUAGCAGUUUGUUAGAAUAUUUCGAUCCUUAUUUGGGUCGGAUUGAGAUAAUGGGUUCCAGUAAGAAAGUUGAGAAGAUCUAUUUUGAAAUUCAAGAAUCAUGAGAUUCCAAGAAUUCUUUCCUCUUUAAUGUACUUCAAGAUGAUGGUGGAGAUCAGGGAAAGUUGGAAGCAUUUAUUAAUUUUUGUGAAGAUACUAUUUUUGAGAUGCAACAUGCAGCGGAAAUUAGUGCUGGUGAUUUGGCAGAUUCAAAAAUUGAACGAGCCAAGAAACAACGUGAUUAUUUCUUGCAACAAACUUCAGCUGGCGCACAAAUUUCGGCAACUUUCAAAACUGGAUUUAGCUAUGGUAUUAACGCAGCAAAUGCUUUAAAGCCAGCAAAUGUAAAGAGAAUAUUCAACACAGCUAAUGCUUCUCUUAGAUCAAUGACAUGGGCACAGCUAAUUUUUGCCAUUAUUAUUCUACUAGCAAAAGUUUCGAUGAAAGUAGCAAUGUUCAUAUAUCUGAUUAUCUGUACAUUCUUCCGAUUUGGUUAUUAUUUGAUGAUAUCGGAUCGUGAUGAAUUAGAAAUGGAACAAGCUGCAUUGCCAAUGCCUGAAAGCACCGGUAUGCAAUAUGCCUCUCCAGUUUGGCCACCUCUUCAACAGUAUCAGCAUUCCUGUAAUUACGAUAUAUUCGGUGUACGUUUACCAUCCACUCAUCCUCAAGUAUCAGCAACAUCUCAGGGACAAUCAAAAACUGAAGUUAUAAAUGCAUCGGCAUCAGCACAGCAAUCAGAAACCGUUUUGAAACCAUCUGGAAUUGUACAACAGGAUUCAAGUUUAUAUGAAACUCAAAGCAUUAACGAUAUUACUGCUCAUUACAAGCAAGUAGCUUCACCAACAGUAUCAGAAUAUGGCAUUACCGAUUACUAUGAACCAAAAAUUGCUGAACAAAUUCCGCCACGUAGUCGAGGAUCAUUGCUUAAUAUGUUGGCUCGUAAUUUCAAGACAAUCGAAAAAGCUACACUGUAUUUAGCUUUCUUCAUCAACGUUAUUUUACUCUUUCAUCGAAUACGAAUUCCGGAUAACGUAAUAUCGGAAGCUGAAAAUGAUGAAGGUAUGGAAUCGGUUUACAUUAGCGGUGUGAUAUUGCCAUAUACGUCAUAUGAGGUGACCGGAUGGAUGUUAGCACAGCUACUUUACUGGAUUAGCGUUUUACAUGCCGUCGCAUCAUUUGCUUUAUUGGUGUCAUUUUAUCAAUUAAAGAUUCCGCUCAUAACUUUCAAGCGUGAGAAGGAAGUCGCACGUCGUUUAAUGUUUGACGGCUGUUGGCUUACUGAAGAUGAUGAUGAAGAAAGAAGUUUGACGAGUACUGUCUUUUGGUAUAUCGAUCGUAUAGUUAUCAGUUCAAAAUCAUUUCCCAUGAAAUAUUGGGAUAAAUUUGUUCGCCGAAAGACAAGACAUAAAUUCCGUGAUCAGAUUGAUGAAGAAACAUUGACUGCAGUGUUAGGUGAAGAUAAAUCGACAACCGAUGCUUCUUUUGAUUACAGAUAUGCAUGUUGGCUAUGGCUUGGAGUGAUUUUGACCAAUGGACAGUUCUUGUAUCGUGUUCAUUAUUUACUUUGCUCAGCUCUCGGUGUCUUCGUUUCUCCUUUCUUUUAUGCCUUUCAUCUAAUCGAUGUGGUACUCUCCUUCCCCAUGUUGAAAGCUAUUUUGCAAUCUGUUACUCAUAAUUUACAACAGCUAAUUUUGACAAUUAUGAUGACACUGGUGGUUGUCUAUUUAUAUACUGUCCUAGCAUUUAAUUUCUUCCGCAAGUUUUAUGUGCAACAGAGUGAAGGUGAGGACCCACCGGAUCGAAAAUGUCACAAUAUGUUAACGUGUUUCAUUUAUCAUUUCUAUGCGGGAGUACGCGCAGGUGGCGGUAUCGGUGAUGAGUUGGAAUCUCCGUACGGUGAUGAUUUGGAAUAUUGGCGAAUGCUUUAUGAUAUUUCCUUCUUCUUCUUCGUUAUCAUUAUUUUACUUGCUAUCAUGCAAGGUUUAAUUAUUGAUGCAUUUGGUGAAUUACGUGAUCAACAGGAAUCGGCAACUGAGAAAUUGGAAUCAUCCUGUUUUAUUUGUGAUAUUGGUAAGGAAACGUUUGAUCGUAUGCCACGUGGUUUCGAGAUACAUAUAUCUAAGGAACAUAAUUUUGCUAACUAUCUCUUUUUCCUUCAACAUUUGGUGAACAAAGAUGAAACGGAAUAUACCGGACAAGAGACAUAUGUGCGGGAGAAGUAUGAUAAUCGAGAUUGGGAAUUCUUUCCUGUUGGUGAAUGUUUCAUGAAACAGUACGAAGAUCAGCUUUUGCAAUCAUAA